CCGCCGAGGCUCUUCCGCGCCGGCAGGGGCAGCAGCGGAAGCGGCGCGGGGCGGAGCGGCGCGAGCAGCCAGGAACGGCCCGGCCCGGCCCGGCCCGGCGCGGCGGCGGCGGCGACGCCAGAGCCCGUGGGCGCCGUUCGCGAGGCCACCGCGGGGUCCGGCCGCAGCGCAGGGAGGCCUGCGGUCUGGAGGCCGCCGCUGCCGCCACCGCCAUGCCUCUGCUCUUCCUGGAGCGCUUCCCCUGGCCCAGCCUCCGCACCUAUACGGGCCUCAGCGGCCUGGCCCUGCUGGGCACCAUCGUCAGCGCCUACCGCGCCCUCAGCCAGCCCGAGGCCGGGCCGGGCGAGCCCGAGCCGCUAACGGCUUCGCUGCAGCCCGAUCCGCCCGAACCCGCCCGGCCGAGCGCCGGGGGACCCCGGGCCCGCGACGUGGCCCAGUACCUGCUCUCGGACAGCCUCUUCGUGUGGGUUCUAGUAAAUACUGCCUGCUGUGUUUUGAUGUUGGUGGCUAAGCUCAUCCAGUGUAUUGUGUUUGGCCCUCUUCGGGUGAGCGAGAGGCAGCAUCUCAAAGACAAGUUUUGGAAUUUUAUUUUCUACAAGUUCAUUUUCAUUUUUGGUGUGCUGAAUGUCCAGACGGUGGAAGAAGUGGUCAUGUGGUGCCUCUGGUUUGCUGGACUUGUAUUUUUGCAUCUGAUGGUUCAGCUCUGCAAGGACCGAUUUGAAUAUCUUUCCUUUUCUCCCACGACACCCAUGAGUAGUCAUGGUCGAGUCCUGUCCCUGCUGAUUGCCAUGCUGCUCUCCUGCUGUGGGUUAGCGGUUGUCUGCUGCGUCACAGGCUAUACCCAUGGAAUGCACACGUUGGCUUUCAUGGCUGCAGAGUCUCUUCUUGUGACAGUGAGGACUGCUCAUGUGAUUUUACGCUAUGUAAUUCACCUCUGGGACCUCAACCAUGAAGGGACCUGGGAAGGAAAGGGAACAUAUGUCUAUUACACAGAUUUUGUCAUGGAGCUCACUCUCUUGUCCCUGGACCUCAUGCACCACAUUCACAUGUUGUUAUUUGGCAACAUCUGGUUGUCCAUGGCCAGCCUGGUCAUCUUUAUGCAGCUGCGCUACCUGUUUCAUGAGGUCCAGCGUCGGAUUCGUCGGCACAAGAACUACCUGCGAGUGGUUGGGAACAUGGAAGCCAGGUUUGCAGUUGCAACUCCGGAGGAACUGGCUGUCAAUAAUGACGACUGUGCAAUCUGCUGGGACUCCAUGCAAGCUGCAAGGAAGCUGCCCUGUGGACAUCUAUUUCACAACUCCUGUCUUCGUUCCUGGCUAGAACAAGACACCUCCUGUCCAACAUGCAGAAUGUCUCUUAACAUUGCUGACAAUAACCGUGCCAGGGAAGACCAUCAAGGAGAGAACUUGGACGAGAAUUUGGUUCCUGUAGCAGCAGCUGAAGGCAGACCUCGCCUAAACCAACACAAUCACUUCUUCCACUUUGAUGGGUCCCGGAUCGCGAGCUGGCUGCCGAGCUUCUCCGUGGAGGUGAUGCACACCACUAACAUCCUUGGCAUCACGCAGGCAAGCAACUCCCAGCUGAACGCCAUGGCUCAUCAGAUUCAAGAGAUGUUUCCCCAGGUCCCAUACCACCUUGUGCUGCAGGACCUACAGCUGACACGCUCGGUUGAAAUCACAACAGACAACAUUUUAGAAGGACGGAUUCAAGUACCUUUUCCCACACAGCGGUCAGAGAGCAUUAGACCUGCCUUGAACAGUCCUGUGGAAAGGCCAAGCAAUGACCAGGAAGAGGGAGAAAGUUCUUCUCAGACCGAGCGUGUGCCGCUGGACCUCAGUCCUCGUCUGGAAGAGACCCUGGAUUUCAGCGAGGUGGAAGUGGAGCCCAGCGAGGUGGAAGACUUUGAGGCUCGGGGGAGCCGCUUCUCCAAGUCCGCUGAUGAGAGACAGCGCAUGCUAGUUCAGCGUAAGGACGACCUCCUGCAGCAAGCUCGAAAGCGUUUCUUAAACAAAAGUUCUGAAGAUGACACGGCCUCAGAGAGCUUUCUCCCCUCAGAAGGUGCCUCCUCUGACCCUGUGACCCUGCGUCGAAGGGUGCUGGCUGCUGCUGCCGAACGAAGACUUCAGAGGCAGCAGACCUCCUAGCGCUUCCUGGCCCCGCAGCCGCCGCCUCUGGAGCCCGUGCUGUUUGGAAGAGGCUGUCCCAGUUCUGCCCGCCGUGCGGAGGCGCGGGCUCAACUGCAUUGCCGCUGUAUAAAGCAUGUGGUCUUAUAGUGUUUGGACUGCUGACAAAUUUAAUCCUUCUUUGUAAUACUUUCUACGUGACAUUUCUCUUCCCCAUAGAAACACUGCACAUUUUAACUCUAGGCACGGUAUCUUCUGGCAUUGACUGGACUUGUGGGGGUGGGGGCGAUUCAGAGGAAGUGGGCAGCCUCCUGCCUGCAGCAGGCAGCUCUGAUAACUGCUCUGUGCAUAAGUCUCAGCCAAGGCGGUGUCCUGAGUGCCACUCCUGGCAGGAAGAACAGGAAGAAUGUGUGUGGGGAGAGAUGUGUAAAAAGCAGUGAGAAGAGCACAGUGUGAGCCUGACUCCACACCCGGGGCCGCAUCUGCUGUCAGCUGCUUCUGUCCUUGUUGAAGCAAGCAGAAAGGGCCAGAGGCCACACCCAUGGGCUCUUGGACCCUUGGGCUGUCAGGGUGUCUUGGAAGAAAAACUCUUGAUUUGAUACCUGGAGCAGAGGAGGGGAGAGCCCAGAGCUGCAGAGUGCGCAGAGGUGACCCCUGGCCCGUUACAUUCGGGACUGACUUUCUGAGCCCCCAGUCCAAAGCCGGCUUUGUUUCCGUUCACUCCGGUGCUCUUGCCUCUCCUGAGGACACCCUGUGUGUCUCUCCGCUCCUCCGCUUUUCCUGGCCCCCUCCAAAUGGGGAAAGGGUCAUGCAGCAAGCUUUGGUUUAUGGUUUUAAUUCCUGGGUCCGGUAAAUUAGGCGUUGCCAGAGCCUGUGGGUUUGGUUCUUAGAGAAGAUACGGGCCUUGCAAAUUGGGAGAGCAAGUUUUGGAGGGCUUUCUAGGAGAAUAAAAGAUAACUUUUGUAUCUUUGGAGCCCUUCAUUUUCUGAACUUUAUUCCUGUUGGUUUAAUGUAGAGAGGUAGGAUGUUGAAUCCACACGCCCUGGGGCAGACCCAGGUCCCAAAUCUUUUCAAAUUCUUUACACAUUUAACUUUAAGGAUUUGAAACAUGCAAUCAUAGGUUACAUAGUUCAGUUUUAUGUCCCCCUGGAUUAAGUUUUUUUAAUGUUUGGAAGCAUAGUUUUAUGAUAGUCCUUUUGGAAAAAAUCCAGUAUUAUCCAAAAUUAUUGGCAAAAUUAAAUAUUUUACGUAACUGAAAGUUUUUAGAACGUUGGAAAGUAAUUGAGAAAAGGGUGAUAGGUGGAUGUUUAGGCAGAGGUAAUUUAUUUCAGUAAAUCUCUCAAAAGCCUUACCUUGAAAUGCUGAUAGUAAAUUUCUGUGAUUUUUUUUUUAAUUUGUUUUGCUGAGAGCAUAGCUAUUUGUUUUUAUUGUAAAAUAAUAAUAAAAAGCAGACUCUUCUAGCGUGUUGUGUGUGGCUGGAAUUCUAAGGCAGCUUUGUUCAGAGGCGCCAACGUGGAACCACACUUCAAUUUUGAUGCUGAGCAUACCAUUUUAGGUGGUUCUUCUCAUCCUUUCUCUUGGGAGCUUUUAUUUUUCCUAGCAUUUUAUUUGGGGAUGGCAGAAGCAAAUUUUUCUUCCUCUCAUCUUUUUUUGUUUGGUUUUUAAGUGGGGAGAAAAAGCUUAUUUUACUCUCUUUGAAUUAUGUUACACUUUGCAUGUUGCACGCUAAUUAAAGAUGACACUGGAUUC